AUGCGUUGUGGACACCCUUUUCCGGGCUGGCUGCCAUCGCCAGCCUCUUUCUGCCGGGCGUCGCCGCACAGAGUACGACGAAAGGUCCUUGCCAACUGCUCGCAGAGUACCAGAGCAGUGUUAUUGGCCAGAGUCAAUGGCCCUACCCGCUUGAUAUACAGUUUGUCAAGCUUGACGCUGAGAUGGCAUAUAAUUGCAGCACCUCUGUGCCACUUAUACCAGAGGACGCGUUGGGGACAAUUGAUUAUCUCAAGAACUACUCCAACUUCGACACUACAUUAUCUUUCCUCAAGAAGCCGCCGCCAUCGUAUCAAAAGCCCGGCAUCGACAUCAUGGCCCGCCUAGAUUCAGUUGCCGAUAACAUUAGGAAUGGAGAAUACAAUAGCUACGUAGAAUUUGAAAUGGACAUCUGGGCUAUCACUUCGGAGUCGAGUGAGGGCCAUUUCAGUAUUGACCUGAAGCUCCUUGGAUUGUUCUCCUGGUUUCUUAGCGACACCAUUGUUUCUCUCUCUAGAGAUGGCAAAGAAUUGCCUCAAGUCUAUGCACGUUCCGACAUUGAGAGCUUAAUGUCAAACCCUUCCCCAAUUAUUGAGCUCGGUGGGGAACCUGUCUUCGAAUAUCUCCGCAGUUACAUCGAACGAAAUACCCAGAGCGGUUUUAUUGAACCCCACGCCGACUGGAACGCGAUGGUAUACAACGGCCCCUAUAUUUUUGCUAGUUUUGGCCUUGAUAUCAAACAGUCAUGGGCAUUUGCAAAUUUUCAAAAGACGAACAUCUACAAAGGAAAGAGCCUCCAGGUGAAAUUCGCGAAUGGGAGUGAUAUCGAAUGGAUAUACAGCGCGGGUUCGGGAUACAAUUUGCUUGCCAAGAACCUGACAAGCCCUGAAAAUAUAUACAACGGAAUAAUUGCAAGUCCGAAACUCUCUUCGACAACAUCUGACGAACUCAUCGACCGCGACAGAUUGGAGCCGGUAGCCCUUGAUGAACGCCAACAGCAAAACAGUCAAACCUCUCCCUAGCGUGCCACUGUUCAACUACCCCGGGAAUCCUGACGUCCUCGAGGUGAACUUCGGAAUAGGGGGUACUGUUUCCGGUUACAUUCUGCAGGACGAUUCUAUUGGUGUUCUCAGUUUGCCCAGUUAUGACCAUGGCAAGCCAGCUACAAGGACUACUGCCCUGAAUUAUAGGGAUGCCGUCGUUGAUUUUAUCACAAAAGCGAAGGAGAACAGGGUGAAGAAGAUUGUCAUUGAUCUUUCAGGAAACGGAGGUGGCAUGAUUUACCUCGGCUAUACCAUCUUCAAGCUCUUCUUCCCCUCCAUUGAGCCCUCGGUGCUUGGGCGGGUUCGAGCCACCCCUCACAUUAACACUAUUGGCUCGAUCCUGACUGGAGUGCUGCAAGAGGGUACUCUUCCAAGUGAUGAGUUGCAGCAUAUUUACAUUGACUAUGGUGGAACCAUAGGCAUUUCUGCCUACGACAUCUUGGACCCGGAUGGUGUAGAUUAUGUGUCAUGGAGUGCCUUUUUUGGGCCACGCGAGAACAACGACGACAGUUUUACAAACGGAGCUCGAUAUAACCUGUCGAGCCCCCUCUUUAAACACUACCUUGACUUCGCGAUUCCGGGCCACGGCUCGGAUAUCAUGUGGCCCCAAUCCGAACCGUGGGCCGCUGAAGACAUCAUCCUCCUUCACGACGGUCUAUGCGCCAGCACAUGUGCCAUCUUCUCGGAGCUCAUGAAGACAGAUGCUGGCGUCAAGUCCGUCGCCGUUGGUGGCAUCCCCCAAUAUGGACCCAUGCAGGGCGUUUCCGGCACCAGGGGGAGUAGUUUCCUGCCGUUCGUGUACUAUAGCGGCUUAAUGGAGACCAUCAACAACGUAUUGAACAGCCUCGGAGACCAGGCUUCUGCCUCGUUGAGGAGAUGGGGCGUCUCGGUGGACGACGUCCAAGCCCUGCCACGCCCAAUCAGCACAUCGCCUCUCAGCAUCGAAGGCGGCGUCAAUGCUCUUGACAUGAUACGUGUUUCUGAUCGGGACGCGCCCCUUCAAUUCACAUACCAAGCCUCCGAUUGCCGCCUGUUCCAUACUUUUGACACAGCCCAUGAUAUCAGAGUGUUGUGGCGCACCGCGGCAAAGGUAGCGGGUGGUGACAUGUCGGCUUGUGUCCCUGGCUCAACCAACGCUCCCGGCUCCAGCAGUAACGUGACUCUGUUGAGCAACCCGGGCUAUUCCUACAACUCAACGUGGGAGCGAGCCAACUCGACAGAUGUGCCCAGGAACAAGGGGGUUAAUGGGGGUGGCUCAGGUGCUCCUCAGUUGUCCGUCGGACUCGGUGGCAUCUUGGCUGUUGCUGUUGCUUUUGUUUUUGUCUUUUGA